CGGGUGUUUUAAAAGAGGGCGAGCCGUGGCUGUUCAGUCACAGCACUCGGGAAAUACUACUGAGAGAAAGCAAGGACCAAAGUCAAACCAUGAACGUCCUGAAAGAGGGGGUGGCAGCGUUGAUCCUGUUGCCCCGGUUUUUGGUGACCGCCCUUUUUCUCUGUCUCCUUGAUAUCUUGUGCAUCCGUAAACGGCUGUUAUCCAGCGAACAGAGCGAAGGAAAUGCCGACGACCCUCCCCUGUGCGUCUCGGACACAAACCGAAUGUUUACUCUCGAAUCUCUCAAAGCGAUCUGGCACGGCCAGAAGCUGGACUUCUUCAAAUCCGCCCACGUGGGCUCACCGGCUCCAAACCCCGAGGUGGUGGAACUGCGAGAACACCGGAGGGUUCGGCUGCUCGAUUACAGCCGAGGUGCGAGGCCCCUGGUUCUCAACUUUGGGAGCUGCACUUGACCCCCAUUCAUGGCGCGCCUCAAGGCGUUCCAGCGGGUAGCCACCCAGCAUGCAGACAUUGCAGACUUUCUCCUGGUCUACAUUGAGGAAGCCCACCCUUCAGACGGCUGGAUCAGUACCGAUGCCCCUUAUGAUAUCCCAAAGCACCGUUGCAUGGAAGACCGUCUGAAAGCGGCCAAUCUGAUGGAGGAGGAGAGCCCCGGCUGCCUUGUAGUGGCAGACGGCAUGGACAAUUCUUCCAACGCUGCCUACGGCGCUUACUUUGAAAGGCUCUACGUCCUUCAAAAUCAGAAAGUGGUGUAUCAAGGAGGGAGGGGGCCGGAGGGUUAUAAGAUCUCGGAACUCAGAUUAUGGCUCGACCAGUACAGAAAACAGAGUUACAAUUCCAGCACUGUCACAAUUGAAGUAUGAAUGAAAUAAGUGCACUGAACUCCUACAAAGGCUUAAUAUAUUUCGAGUACGACUCGUCCUUCGUUCUGCAUGCCGAAGUGUUUGUUGCUGAACGAAUUCGUGAAAUCCACAGUGACUUGCAAUGUACUGUUAAUGUGACUUUAUUCUCUGAUCAUGUUUAAUGUAUCUGUGUAAAUAUACUUAAAUACUAUAUAUUUUGGGUUUUUUUACAGUUUCUUUCGUUUUACUUGAAAAGCUAGUUGAAUGAAAAUUGGAAUUCAUAGAUAUUCUUGGCACUUUUUUGUGAAAGCCGGUUUUGAAAUGGCUUUUUGCUUGGAAACCGCGCCUGAUGUGACAAGUGCUCGGGAUACGGUGCGCAAAGUUUGUGAGACCACUACUGUAACGAGGCUGUUGACAGAAAUGUUUCGAAAUCGUGGUCUUUUAUGAGAAAAGAUCUUUGAACAAAACAUUUUUAUUACAUUUUAUAAUAAAUAUUUAAAAAUAAAA